GCGAGACCUAUCGCUCCGGGCCGCCUGGUCCUGGUGUGGUACGGGGGCGCGGAGGCGCAUUGGCGCGAGCUCCUCCUGCUCUGCAAGGUGGAGGGGGCGACCUGGGUCAUCGCCACGCCUGAUGGCGAUGUCAUCGCAGAAGACAUCUACGACUUCAGCUGCCCGCCGUGCUGCCAAGGGUGGAUCCCGCUGUUCGUCACGGCCAGCGCCUUGCUGUAUAGGUUCGGGCCGCCCGGACAGCAGCACGCACCAGCAGAGCGGCGGCAGGUCUUCAAGGAUGGGGUUGCGACCGCGCAGAUUGAGAGGGCCAACAGGGUUGUCGACGCCGUUGCUGCUGAUGCAGAGCCUGGCGCUGUGCAUGACCGUGUGGCUAUGCACGGGUGGACCGCAGAUGCUGGACUACCAGGUGGAGGCGCAGCCGUCCCGCUGGCUGGAGUGCCCUUGGGAACGGACGCUUGGCCAGGGGCAGCGGCGUCGGCGCGCCGCCAGUGGAUCAUGGUCGCCAGCGAUGGGCAGCCAGGAGCGCCUUCCGUCGAAGCUGACUGGAGUGUGGACGCGAGUGCGGACAUCGUGGCCGACUUCGCACUGGCCAAGCUCGGAUCCGCGACCCUCGUGUUGGGGAGUAUCGACGUCGGCGGCAGGGAACUCAAGCUGGUGGCCAUCACGGACUUUCCGAUCCAGGGCCCGCAUACCACGUUCUGGCUCUGCAGUUUCGUUAGUGAUCAGGGCCAGGUGCCCAGGACCAGGGCUGGGAGGUCGAUGCGGGACGCCCAUGAGCCGGACAACGACAGGCUCAAGCACGAACAGGGUAGCCUCUUGGAGAUCCUCGAGCUUGCUCUCACCUACGAUCAAUUGGAUGUGCCAUCGCUGGCCUCUUGUGAUAUCCUCGCGCGACGGGUUCGGUUAUUGGAGGAGGCCUACACUUCGAACCCGAGGGCUGCGAGGUUGGAGGAACGCGAGCACUACCAGGGGCUCGGCAGAAGGGUCGCCGUGGUGGCCCCGACGCUCACCACGCACGUUGCAGGGCAGCUGCAGGGUGAAGCGCAGAUCCAGAUGGAGCGACGCAAGGGCCGCCAACUAGUCGAGGUCGUCUUCGGAGACCCUGGCGCCUUCACCGCAGUCGGGGCCAUCUUCGAGGACCUCGGCGAGAUUUUGCUUGGGACAUGGCGGAUGGUCGCCAGCGUGACCUACUGCCGCUGCCAAGGCUGGGCAAGAUUGAGGUCCCACGUGGUGCUCUCCGUCGUGGAGUUCAGCAGCGUAUCUACAGUUUGGGCCCUCAGUGAGCUUGGAGGGGUUGGCAGCACGCAGCUCGGUGGUCCAGGUGGAGAGCAGACGCGGGCUGCUGUUGCUAUGGCCCAGGACGCCGCGUUGGCCGUGCCCUUACCUCGAGAGCGGCCCGCCCCGCAUGAAGCCCUCGCGGCGCUUCUGCGCACAGACGCUCGCUACGGAGACAGCGAGUGCGCCGGGGACAUUGCACCGUUUGGUUCGGCGCCAGUCUCGCUGCCGGGCCGCGACUUGUCGGGGGUGGACAUCUACCAAGUUCUGCCUUCGGACGCGUCGCGCAAGCUCAAGCGGCUUCGCGACGCCAUUCUUCUCAGUAGCGAGGAAUAUGCAUUGCGUAUCAAGAGCGAGGGGCUACCCAACCUUUACUUUGACCCAGCGCUGGAGGCGCAGCCCUCCAAGUGGGAGGGAUUUUGUCGGGAGCUGCGUGGCAGGGGGCUGGCGCGCUGGACCCGACCCUACAAAGAGAGGGUUGGCUUGUUGCUUGUUCGCAAGAAGAGAUGUGAUUCACGACUCAUAUGUGAUGCACGUCGGAGUAACGUUCAGUUCGACAUCCCUGGUUCCAUACAGCUUGCUACUGGUGGCUCGCUCAGCCGUCUCGACAGCAGCUCCGAACAGGCCAUCUACUGUGCCAGCUUUGACAUCAAGGACUUUUUCCACGAACUCAGGAUCCACGAGGAGCUCUCCCAUAGCGUCAAUGGCGUCAAGGUCGUCGACCACGAGCUCAUCUACCCGGCGCUGCAGUCUCUGCCCAUGGGCUUUUCGCGGGCCAUGUGGGCGGCACAGCUGGUGCACGAGGAGGUUCUGCGUCGCGCCGGCCUGCCUCCUCCUCGCCUUCUUCGCGAUGGCACCCCGCCACCCUCGCUGGACGGAGGGCCCGUGCACGUGGCCUACGUGGACAACUUUGGGGCCACCGGGCGCGACGAGGCCGAGGCCGAGGCCAUGCACCACCAGGCGCUUGAAGGCGUCAGGAAGGCUGGGUUUCAUGUUCACGAGAUCGAGCGCGUCAGUACCUCCUUGGACAUCAUUGGCGUGCACUUGGAUGGCGAGAGGAAGGUGGUCACGCUGUCUGCGGCGCGGGCAUGGCGGAUCUAUGCCGGGCUGCACGCCCUCGUGCGGCGGGGGCGUUGCACGGGGAGGGAGAUGCGGGCCAUCUUGGGCCACCUGUGCUUCGCCUUCUUGCUGCGCCGCCCGUGUCUAUCCUGCAUUGCGGCCGCAUUUGCCUUUGCCGAGUCCGCUGGUAACGACUGCAAGAACCUCUGGCCCAGCGUCAAGAGGGAGCUUCUCAUCGCUGUCGCGAUCUUGCCGCUGGUCUACGCGGACAUCGCGGCGGGAUGGCUUGACCAGGUGGUGGCGACUGAGUGGCCCGCGCAUGCCAUCCAGCACGCAGGCUCCCACGACGAGCGCUGGAGGUUCAAGAAGAACCCGCAGCGCAAGCACAGGGAGGUCGCCCUGGCGGGCUACGACAUCGCCGAGCCUCCGGUCGAUAGGGACGGCAACCUCCCAGUUGACAGCGACGAGGGCGUCUGGAUGGCCGUCGGCGACUUCCCAGAUGUCGAGCCCGCCGCUGUCGAGGAGGCAAAGUGGGCCGUGGUCGCCAAGCGCCCUUGUGGGGGUCACGAGGGGGCCAUCCAUGUCAGAGAGGCGGGGGGCGCGAAGCUCGGCCUCAAGCACGUGGUCCGAUGCGGCCGCUGGCGACACAGGAAGGUCCUCAUGCUGGUCGACAACAUGGGCCUGGUGCUCGCGCUCCAGAAGGAUCGAUGUCGCGACCCAGCUCUCCUCGGUCAGCUUCGUCAGAUGGCCUCUCUGCAACUCGCCACUGGGCUGCGGGCGCGGUUCCGCUGGAUCCCUGCAGAUCGGCCCUCGCGGCAGUGGGGGCCGGCAGUGGCUGAUGCUGGGCUUGCAUGGCGUCCUCCUCCUGGGCUUGUUCUCCUGAUGCCUGGUGCUGUCACGAGGGCGCCGGGCAUGGUGCGCAGGAGGCCUGCUGGCGUGACGGCACGCAACGUUGCCCAGCGAAUCGAGACCUCCCCCGCUAUGCACUUGGUCAGCCUGGAGACUCGACUUCGCGGGCAGCAGCCUUUGGUGGACGCAGGGUCAGGACCAUCCGAGCAGGCGAUCCUGCCCCCGUCCAAGCGGCUCGCGGAGAUCGCGGGUCGCAACCUCGACAAGGCAGGCCUCUCCUGCCUCGAGAGUAUCGCGGUGAGGCCUGUCCAGGUCGAGGACUACCACAGACGGAUCGAGGAGUUCUAUGGGUUCGUCCGCCGCCAGGGCUUGAGCACCUGCACCCUGGACUCCCUGGAGGCAGCGCUCCUGGACUGGGCGGGCGACGCGUUCUUGGAGGGCGGGAAGAAGCACGACGGCGAGAAGCUGAAGGCGGCUGUCCUGCACUACUACCCGAGCCUCAAGAGGCCCAACACCAAGCCGCUCGCCAGGUUCGAGAGGUGCCUGAAGGCUUGGGGGCGUCGGCGGCCCGCGCUAGGCCAGCUGCCGCCGCCGUGUCCAACGAUCUGCGGUCUGGCGGUGGGCCUUCACCUCCUGAACCACGCGGACAUGGCGGCGGCUGCGCUGGUCGCGCUCAGCGCCUACUUGCGGCCAGGGGAGCUGCGUGGUCCCCGCGUGCGCGACGUCGUCCCUCCCGCGCUUGGCUACGGGGCGGAGUACCAGAAGUGGUCGCUGAUCCUCGGGCCGUCGGACGGUCAGGGCGACCCGACCAAGACAGGCGUGCGCGACGACAACGUGACGAUGGACCACGAGAACCUGCAGUUCAUCGGGCAUUUCUUCGAGCUGUACCGCCGCGGGAAGGACCCCGACGAGCCGCUGUGGAGCUUCGCGCAGGCGGAGCUCGGGGCCAUGAUCGCCAAGGCGCUCAAGGUGCGCAACCUCGAGGGCCUGGGCGUCGUGCCCUACAGCCUGCGGCGUGCAGGCCCCUCGUGGGACGUCAUCACGGGCAGGAGGUCUUAG